AUGGCAACAGCACCACUGAAUAUUGCCAAUGCGGGCUCAAGAAGCGGAUUAAGACUACAGAUCGACAUAAAUAAGACAGAAUGCACUGAUGCGACAGACGAAGCCGCUGGGAUCAAGAUGUUGAUACAUCCACAAGACGAGUAUCCGUUGGUGACAACGUUCGGCUUUUCUAUUGCUCCUGGAUUUUUAACCCAAAUUGCUUUAAAUGGUGUUUAUAUUAAAAAUCUCCCGGAUCCGUAUCCUUCUAAGUGUACAAACCGACCUCUUAAGUACUCAAAUGUUUAUACAGAGCCACUCUGUAUUGACGAAUCUGAAAUCGGUGGCAACAUGGGUCUGCUAUGCGGCAUGAGUAUUAUCACUGUCAUCGAAUUUCUGGAAUUUGGAAUCAUUGCUGCGAUCCAGCGUUUUUGUCGUGGGAAAAAUAACAACGUAACCAAUCCCAUCAAUGUAUCGAAAACUAAAUAGUAGAAACACGCAUAUACGUGUGAAGUUACAUUUUUGUGGUCAGUGCAUUAUAGUUAAAAACUUUUUCAAUAUUGAACUUGCAAGUUUCAAUGGAGGAACUUUCUCAUUUUUGUAGAUUUACCAAGAAAAUAAUACUAAGUUGGUAUUUUUUUUUCAAAAUAAAAUUUCAAUACAUGAUUGCAGAAUUAAAUGCAGGGAAGCGAAUGAAGGUGGUUAGAAGUGUAUGUUGACAUAGGCCUAUAUAGAGCUUUUUUUUGUAUUAAUUUCUAAUGUUUACAAUCUUUAUCAAAAUUCAGAAUUGGUCAUGGUUUCUACCAUUGUGUAUAAUCUACGAUUCUUUUCUUUUAAGCAUCGUUGUUAAAAUCGUAAACGUAUAACUAAGCCAAUAUUUCCAGCCAAAUUUUGAUAGAUUAAUCGGUAAUUUGAUAGACAUUCUUAAAAGGUGCAUUGAUGUAGGAUAUUAAUGAUUUGUUAUAAUUGGAAGUAUUGUAUAUCUACUUAAUUGAAUACUAGGGAUUGUAAGAGCUUGUAAAGUGUGGUAGUUUAGAUUUGGUAUUUUGGGACAUUAUCAACUAAAUUUGGUAUUAAUAAUUAUAUAAACAAGUUGUUUUUAUUGGCAUAAUAGGAAGUAGAAAAAAAAAAGAAAAAAAACUAGCAUUAAUUUUAAAGUCUUGUGUUUUAAUCUAUGUUAUAUUAAUACAAGCAGCACGAUAUGAUCAAUCGAUUUGUAAAACAUAAUGUGUUGCGGUAGCUGAAUGAUAAUUAAUGUUAAGUAAUAAAAUCUCUAGAAUGGAUUUUUGGAAACUUUUUUUUCUCAAGCAGUAAAUUGAGGUGUUAAAAAAGUAUCUUUCAUUAAGCCCUGUCUAGACAAUGAAAAUGUAGUUGACAAAAGCAUGUUUGUAUUCCUAAAAAUGGUGAUGAUGACAUCACAUCAUGACCAUAUUAUAGGCAAAUUACGACUAUAUGGUAUACAUCUUUUUUUUUUUCAUUUUUUGUCAUUGAAAAUUUUGGUCGUGUGGACAGAGUUUUAAACUAAACGAGUAAAUUUCAAUUCCAAAACUUGAUAUCCGCCAUUGGUAAGUUGCCAAAUAGACAUUGUUUACAAUAACAAAUGUAUAAUUAUUUCACAUAAUUUUGCUUUAUAAGGAUAGUUUUAAAAAUUCGGACAUUCAUACGACGUUAACAUUUAUUUACCAUUGAAUGAAUGCUUUCACACGGCUAUUGUCACUUAGUGUUUGACGAUUGUUGAAUAAACAAACAGCAGUAUGAAA